AUGGACGUCAAAAUACUGCUUAACAUGGAUCCCAGUGAUGAGCAGUGGACAAACAUGUGGGAGAGCCUGUGGGUUUCCAACUGGAACCUGGAUGAGAAACCACCUGCCUUUAUCGUCGAUCAGCAGGUUCGCCAUGGCAUAGUAGCAGUGCUGUCACUCACUCGUAUUGAGGAAGAAAAGCUUAGGCUCGCUCGAGAGGAACUCAACGCACGCACCUGGAUCGUCCAGUCGGUAGACUCCAUGAUUCGGACCACAGACGAUAUUCAUCCUCUUUAUAAAUAUCGAUGGCAACUACGCCUCAAGUUGUUACUCAAGUGCCGUGAUGCAAUCGUGAACGGACCAUUUCCUUGCGUCAAUCUGUGGCGUGCAUCGACACACUACCUGCUUGCAAACCUAGAACAUUCAGACCCCCAGGCUGCACCGAGUGCCAUGGAGUAUUCCUCCUUCCGCCUUCCCCCCCCUGGUUCCGCAACUCUAUCCUCAGGAACACACGGCAUAGACCCCGAAGACGAUGCUGUAGUCACAAAUGAACUAAGUGCACUCACUGGACUUAUCCGGAUGAGCCCAGAGCCAGAUGACAACGACGAUAUUGAUGAUAUCGAGCCCUCUACUGACAGUGGCAGUGGCCCAGGCGAUACUCUCGAACCUGAGAUACCCGUAAACCAUUCAGACGGUGAACCAGAGAUACGACUUGAUGAGACAAUGGACCCCAUUGACAAUCCUGAUCCACACACUGAACCUCUUACGGACUUGGUUCCUCCUCAUAGAUUGAGAGAUGCAGAUAGUCCCGGCUGCAACAAAAGUAUUGAGGAGAAGUUCUGGAAUGAGAACCCCCGUCCCCAAAGUCUUCCUCCAAUUACAACAAUCUUCGAUGCCAUCCGUUCACCCACCCAGUCCAUCCAACAACAAAAGCCAACCAAAAUUUGGAAGGAAAUAAUGGAGUUGCUUCUGCCUCAAGACGCCGGAAAAAUAGUGAAUGAGAGCAAAACAAGAGAUAAAGCAAGAUAUUACAAACAUAUUGCGAUCUUCCCUGAUGCAUUACCGACAGUCAAUCGCCGGCGGCUGAUACAUGGAGCAAUAAUCGAUGCCUACGUUGAGAUGCUGCAAGACCUUACAGACGAAAAGCUACGGGAUAUCCUCAAGACUACUCACCCCCGCGUGAUCAUGUUUCCUACUCAGUGUGAAGGAAUGAGGCAUUGUAUGGCAGUUCACCUGUUGGAUCGAGCCACAAAGAAGGUCCGAACUGAUCUUUUUGACGCAAGCGCUUGGACAAUUCCAUGCUACUCAAGGAAGCGCAGUCACUGGCUGCUUGGCGUUGUAAACUUCGAACAACGAGAGCUGCGCUAUCUUGACAGCAUGCCUCUCCAGCAAAACGCUCAUAUAGGCCGUCAUGGUCCACAGUGGGUGUUUACAAUACUUCAGGGACUAGUCAAUGCCACCUGGUCGUUCAUCCACCCUGAUGAUGAGCAUGGAUACAACUGGUCCAAUUGGUCCACUCGAGCAGUCACUACGGAACCGCGCCAAUGGAAUGGGUAUGAUUGUGGGGUUUGGACCAUGGCUGACAUUCAAGCUAUACACAUCGGACUUGAUGCUGCGCCAAAAGACACGAACAUCGACAAUUUUCGGGAUAGGGUGAAACAACAGAUCCUUUCCCUUCCUCCAUCGACACCGCGUUGGCAGCCUACCUGGAGAAGCCUGGAUCCGGACCUCAUUCAUGAACUGCGGUGCCGAGCUGCUAAAGUGGCCGCAACAUUUCCCGUUAAUUAUUCCGAGCUCGAAAUCGAUCACACGGACUUCCCAUUAGUGAUGGAUGAUGAACAAGAACAAAUAGAUUUGACCGACUAG